AUGGCUACUCGCACAGCACUUCGGCAAGUGGGUUGCGCUCCCAGACAUCUCACCUUUCGAAGAUACAUCUCGACUCGAGAUAUGGCAGCCGCAGACUUCAAGAAGCUCAAAGUUGACCGACCACGAUUGAUGGAGGCAUUACAUGACACUUGUAAAUGGGGAACUGGUCUCAAAUGGGGAGACAAACCGACUGAUACAGGCAUGUCACGUUUGGCUCUUUCGGAUUCCGACAAACAGGUUCGGGACUGGUUUGUCGAAACUACAAAGGGUCUAGGUUGCAAGGUGACAAUCGAUUCCAUCGGAAACAUCUUUGCAGUACGUCCCGGUCGCAAAGAAGGACCACCGACCUUGGCAGGAAGCCAUUUGGACACUCAACCUACGGGCGGAAGAUAUGACGGAAUUCUAGGCAUACAAGCCGGUAUCGAAAUGCUCAAGGUUCUUCAGGACCAUGAUGUAGAGACAGAGUAUCCAGUUGGUGUGGUGAAUUGGACUAACGAGGAGGGUGCUCGUUUUCCAAUCAGUAUGAUGGCUUCUGGAGUAUGGGCAGGCUGUAUUCCCCAAGAAAGAGCUCACAAUCUUAAGGAAGUUGCUGGAAACGCAACAGUCAAGUCAGAGCUGGAAAGAAUAGGGUAUCUUGGUGAAACACCAGCCAGCUAUAAGUCCACUCCAAUUGGAGCUCAUUUCGAACUUCACAUUGAACAAGGCCCAAUUCUCGAACGAGCGCAGAAGAAGAUUGGAGUCGUGCAGGGCGUACAAGCCUACAAGUGGUUCACCAUUGACAUCACUGGACGAGACGCACACACUGGUUCAACUCCAUUCUCCGACCGAGCAGAUGCUCUCCUCCUUGCCGCGAGACUUAUAACUCACUCGCAUCGAUUGGCUACCAAGCACAAGGCGCUUGCAUCGACCGGAAUCCUCAACCUCACUCCUGGAAGCACCAACACUAUCCCUGGCCACGUCAGCUUUACUCUCGACAUACGAUCACCCUCAGGCGAGACUGUUGAAGCUCUCGAGAAGGAUCUCCGUCGCGAUUUUGAUCUCUUAGCCAGCGGAACGGAUGUUGACGGAUUGCUCGCAGGCUCAACGCCCGCACUUCCUCUCUCCCUUAAAUGGCGAACAGAUACGAUCUCGACAGCAACCAAGUUCCACCCCGAUUGUAUCCAAGCCGUAAGAGAAUCUGCCGAGUCUAUUCUUGGGAAAGACGCAGCGGUAGACAUUUCUAGCGGUGCUGGCCAUGAUAGUGUGUACACCAGCAAACACUGUCCUACAACCAUGAUCUUUAUCCCGUGCAAGGGAGGAGUAAGCCAUAACCCGGAGGAGUACUCUACGCCUGAAGAGUGCGCCACUGGAGCAGAGGUUUUGUGUCAAGCGGUUGUACGAUAUGAUCAGAAGAGGGUUCAAUAG